GGCUACACACCGCACUUCCCUUUAAGACAAAACAUAACAACUCAACAGCUGAUACGAAACAUGGCGGCGGUAAACACAGACUCCAAAGCCACGGGAGAGCACAUCAAAGCCAUUUUGCGCCGCUGCAGGGGUCGACCGAGGCUGACAGACGCGGACCGUGCUCAGCGGCGGCUCGAAUCGCGGAAGAAGUACGAUGUGCGGCGGGUUUAUCUGGGAGAAGCGCAUCAGGUCUGGAGCGAGCUGCGCCGGCGCACGAGCCUGAGCGACGCGGGGCUCGCGGAGUAUUUAAUCCUGCUCAAUUCUGCAUAUGGAGAAAAAUACCAGCAGAAACACGGCAAAAGGAAAACCCUUCCUGAACAAUGCAGCAGUCAUGGGAAAGGGAAGAAGGUGUCUGCCACCAGUUUGCAGACGGUGGUGAGCUGGUAUCAAGGUCACUGCCAGUCGUGUCAGCACGAGCCUGAGCUGCAGGUGGUGGAGCCCACUGUGGGUUUGUCUACAUCUGCACUGUGGCAAUGUGUGGCCGGUCAUUCGUUUGUGCAGUUCCUGCCCUGGCCUGCAGGAGGCGAGUCCGAGUCAGACGUGGAGGAUGGUGUUAUGGAGAAAGAUGAAGAGGACAGGCCUCCAGAGAAGAAAUCUACUGUCAGUGAGAGUAUCAACACCAAAAACGCCAUCAGUGACUUGGAAGACAAUGAUCAUCCUUCCCAUGUGGAGCAUCAGAUGACAUGCACAUCCCUCAGUGAUCUCCCAGGAUCCCCUGCGGCCCACAGCAGUCCUCCCGCCUCGGAGCGCUGUCCAUGGGAGAUGGAGGUGCUCAUGGACCGAGAAGCCCAGGCAGCUCUGGUUGAGUCCGAUAGAAAAGUUUUGAGUGAGGAUGCGGCGAGAGAGACUGACCCUGUCAGGGAGCAGACGGACGCUUCGGGAACUUUAGAGAAGGCGGACAGUGGAGGCGGCUUGACGGAGAGUUACGAAUGUGUGGUUGUCACGGCGCCCUUGACGGACAGACAGGAGAGGGAGGAUGUAGCAAGCUGUUCUAAAGAAGGUGGGGUGGAGGGUGUCCCAUCGUUGGCAGCCGCCCCAGCGCAGAGCCAGCUGUUUGAGAGUCAGGACCUGCAGACUGUGAUGGGCGGAUGUGAGCUGCCGGAUCAGCGCUCCACACUGGAAGGAUCUCAACUGAUCAUUAUUACAGGCCCAAGUUACGAGGCUCUGGCGUCUGAAGGCAUUCAGCUGAACGUGGCUGGCGGUGAUGUUGAGGAGGUCACAUGCACGCUGAUCGGGGACGUGUCGUAUAAUCAGAUGUGUCAGUCACGUCCCAGCGCCGGUACAGUGAGAUCACGCUCCUCAACGGCCACUGAUCUCUGA